CCUCUUUGGCCGCACUGAAGCAAGAUGGCAGCUGUUGUCGAGAAUGUUGUCAAACUCAGGUUGGGUGAACAAUACUACAGAGAUGCCAUGGAGCAAUGCCAUAACUACAACGCUCGUCUGUGCGCGGAGAGGAGCGUGCGCAUGCCCUUCCUCGACUCCCAGACCGGCGUGGCUCAGAGCAACUGCUACAUUUGGAUGGAGAAGAGGCACAGGGGGCCUGGCAGGGCUCCGGGGCAGCUCUACACUUACCCUUCCAGGAGGUGGAGGAAGAAGAGAAAAUCUCAUCCCCCUGAGGACCCUCGGCUAGUUUUCCCCUCGGCCAAGUCAGAGAUCGAUUUUGGACCAAAGAAAGACGCACUCUUAUCGUCUGACGGUAGCAGCCUGGAAGCCUUGCUAAAGGGCGACUCUCUGGAGAAACGCACACCCGUCGAUCCCCGAGCGUCUGAGGAAGAUUCCAACACCAGCGACUACUCCGUCGUCCUGAACCCUGCCACACGCAUCAGAAAGGUUCUUCUUCUCCACGCAUACUUGUCAUACUCCAAACAAAGGAAAAUCCUGGAGCCCGAUGACUUCCUAGAUGACCUGGAUGAUGAGGACUACGAGGAAGACACGCCCAAGAGAAGAGGCAAAGGCAAGGGGAAGGGUCGCGGCGUGGGCAGCAGCAGCAAGAAGAAGCUGGACUCUGCGGCGUUGGAGGAACGCGACAAGCCGUACGUGUGCGACAACGCUAUCAAACAAAAGCAUAUUUCCAAACCUUCUAAAAAAGUCUGCGGCAAGCGCUACAAGAACCGCCCGGGCCUGAGCUACCACUACACACAUUCGCAUCUGGCCGACGAGGAGGGCGAAGAGACGGAGGACAUGGAGGCCAGCGAGCCACCGCUGCCAGAGACGCCCAAAACCCCAAAGAGAGGUCCGGAUGGGCUGGCCCUGCCCAACAAGUACUGCGACUUCUGCUUGGGAGACUCCAAAACCAACCACAAGACGGGCCAGUCCGAAGAGCUGGUGUCCUGCUCUGACUGCGGCCGCUCAGGCCACCCGUCCUGCCUGCAGUUCACCCCCAUCAUGAUGGCCGCCGUCAAGACGUAUCGGUGGCAGUGCAUCGAAUGCAAGUGCUGUAACAUGUGCGGCACCUCCGAGAAUGACGACCAACUGCUCUUCUGCGACGACUGUGAUCGAGGUUACCACAUGUACUGUCUCAAGCCGCCCAUGGCGGAACCCCCAGAGGGGAGCUGGAGUUGUCACCUGUGCGUGGACCUCCUGAAAGACAAAGCGUCCAUCUACCAGAAGCAGGACGCCCCGCCCUCGUGAUGGCCGCUCCUUCUGCACACACUUCUGCCGGCAUACUGCACUGAUGUCGGGCGAGUGUGUCCAGAGGGAGGCUGUGAUUGGUCCAAAGGGAAGUACGCGCUACCACGCUGGCCUCAUGUCUUCACACGUGACUCUUACGCUCUCCCAUUUUUCGUUCUGCGAGACCUUCAAGUGGAACUUCACUCAAAUCUAGUAGCAUGUCGUGCGAACCGUAGCUUUUUGACAAUUUCUAUAUUUCUAAACACACAGGCUAAAAAUAGAUUACAUGACAAGCUUACUUGAAUGGCCCCAAAGACUUUGAGAGUGCAGGGAGGUGGUCACAUCUCAAGUGAAACAUUGCUCAAGAGCAAAUAUGCUACUCUUGAAUAUUUUUUUUAAUGAACCUCAACUGCUAAGGAUAUUUAUUAGCAAAUAUGAUGAUAUACGCUAAAGUAGGGCUGGACAAUAGUAUAUUGAAAAAAUAUUAACAUGCAAUAAGUUGUACGCUAACUUAAGAGUUAGGGCUAGUGUUAGGGUUACAAUUAUUCAGCUAAGAAUACAUUAUUGAGAUUGCUUCUUUUGCUGCUUAAAAAAAAUAGUUCUUUAAUAGAUGAUAAAAAUGUAAUUUCCUUAAGUACAGUGCUGCGCAAAAGGUUUAAGCCACCACAAGCUUUGUCCUCGCGAGCCUUUUUAAGUUCUUAAUAUGACUUAAGCCUUGCCAUUUAAAAAAAAAAAAAUAUAUAUAUAAAAUGUUCAAUGUGAGUUAAUAAGUUCCCAAUAUUCUGCAACGCUACGCCACAGUCUUUGUGGCAAGCAAUUGCAAAUCAAAGUCAAAGUCUGCUUUAUUGUCAACGUCUUCACAUGCCGAGAUACACAAAGAGAUCGAAAUUACGUUUUCUCUAUCCCACGGUGACAAGACAUAUUACACGAUAGACAUACAAGUAAACGACGCAAUAUAAAAAACAAGAAGGCACAAACAAUAAAUAAUAAGAGUAAUAAUAAAUAAUAAAUAAACAACACAACAAACAAGAGCCAGUGUGCAUACAGACAGUAAAAGUACAGGACGCUACGCAGAACGGGGAAGCGAGUUCAGGAUCCUGACAGCCUGGAGUAUGAAGCUGUUUGAGAGUCUGGUGGUGCGGGAGCGCAGGCUUCUGUACCUCUUCCCAGAGGGCAGAAGCUCGAACAAAGAGUGAGCGGGGUGACUCACAUCACUCACAAUCGUGGUCGCCUUGCGGGUGAGAUGGGAGGUGUAAAUGUCCUUCAAGGAGGGGAGCGAAGCACCAAUAAUCUUACCAUCCGUGUUCACUAUACGCUGCAGUCAGUGCAGCCGCCUCCCCAAACAGCAAUACAGCUGGAGAGGACGCUCUCAAUAGUGCCGCAGUAAAAUGUAGUCAUGACGGACAGAGGAGCGCUCGCUCGCCUGAGUUUCCGCAGGAAGUUUGCUUUCAAAGGCAGCGACUAUUGCUUUCAUGUUAGUGGGGUCAUGGCUCAGGUAGUAGAGUGGGUCAUUCAGAGGCUUGGCAUUUCGAACCAAGUCACAUGUGUUUUUAAAUUUUAGUUAAAUCAGCUUGGGCAAACCCAUUGGGUGAUUUGGCAUGGAAUAACCCAGUAAUGAUCACUUUUAAUUGAUUUAUUAAUUUUCUGAAUAGUGUUAUGCUCAUGUCUAUUGCCUACCUCUGUCAUUUCCAACAUGUCUUUAGAGCCUUUUGUACACAUUAAAAAAAUCGUCCCACCAAAGUAAAGUGGUCUUCCUUGCUGUGUUGUCGCAGUUUAUGCCCUUUUCUAUGUUUGACUAUUUUGCAGUGCCACUUGUAUUUUUCUAGUCUUCAUCUGUUGCUAUAUAGCAGUUGGAUGAGACCGUUGGAUGAGAUGGUAAAAUCACUGUACGCAUCUUC